AUGGAGAUAGAGACAGAGAGGAAGACGGAGACGGAGACUGGGACAGAGACAAAGACAGAGGCUAAGACAGAGAGUUGGAGACAGAGAGGAGACGGAGUCAGAGACGGAGACAGAGACAGAGAGGAGACGGAGUCAGAGACGGAGAAAAGAGACAGAGACAGAGACAGAGACGGAGACAGAGACAGAGACAGAGACGCACACAGAAACAGAGACGGGGACGGAAACGGAGACGGGGACAGAGACAGAGACAGAGAGAGAGGCAGUGAUAGAACAGAGACAGAGAGAAAGGCAGUGAUAGAACAGAGACAGACAUAUACGCAGAGGCAGAGACAGAGGCAGAGACAGGAACAGGCACAGGGAAAGAGACAGAGGCAGAGAUCGGGCAGAGACAGAGACAAAGACAGAGAAAGAGACGGAGACGGAGACGGAGACGGAGAUGGAGACGGAGGCGGAGGCGGAGACGGAGACGGAGACGGAUACAGGGACAGGGACAGGGACAGGGACAGAGAAAGAGACAGAGACAGAGACAGAGACAGAGACUGAGACAGAGAAAGAGACUGAGACAGGGAUAGAGACAGAGACAGAGACAGAGACGGAGACAGGGAUAGAGAAAGAGAUAGAGAGACAGAGACAGAGACAGAGACAGAGAAGGAAACAGAUGCAAGGACAGAGACAGAGACAGACAAAAAGACAGAGACAGCGACAGAGCCAGAGACAGAGGCAGAGGCAGAUGCAGAGGCAGAGGCAGAGGCAGAUUCAGAGGAAGAGGCAGAGGCAGACACAGACGCAGAGGCAGAGGCGGAGGUGGAGGCGGAGGUGCAGGCGGAGGCGGUGGUAGGUGCAGGGGGAGAGGUAGAGGCAGGGGCAGAUGCAGAGACAGGAAAAGAGGCUGACGCAGAGGCAGAGGCAGACGCUGACGCAGAGGCGGAGGUGGAGGCGGAGGUGCAGGCGGAGGCGGCGGCAGAGAUAGGCGCAGGGGAGAGGUAG